GUCAUUGGAGGAGCUUGAAGUUGAAGGCUCCUGCUAAAAAUCAGUACGUUUCAUUUUGCAGUUACUGGGAGGGGGCUUGCUGUGGCCCCAUCAGGAAGAGUAGCGCUCUGGUCCAGCUCCGCGCAGGGACGGAGCCUGUCACCAUGCCGGCCUGCUGCAGCUGCAGUGAUGUUUUCCAGUAUGAGACGACCAAAGUCACUCGGAUCCAGAGCAUGAAUUAUGGCACCAUUAAGUGGUUCUUCCACGUGAUCGUCUUUUCCUACGUUAGCUUUGCUCUGGUCAGUGACAAGUUGUACCAGCGGAAAGAGCCUGUCAUCAGUUCUGUGCACACCAAGGUGAAGGGGAUAGCAGAGGUGAAAGAGGAGAUCGUGGAGAAUGGAGUGAAGAAGUUGGUGCACAGUGUCUUUGACACUGCAGACUACACCUUCCCUUUGCAGCUUUUUAGAGGCACAGCCACCAAGCCAGCAAGGUCUGCCUAGAUUUAGAAGGACAGAGAACUUUCUACCGAAGAGUACCAGCCCUUCUAGAUUGUGUGGCGUUUUAUCAACAAAAACGACUCCAGGAGACCAUUCUUGGGGGAACUCUUUCUUCGUGAUGACAAACUUUCUCAAAACAGAAGGCCAAGAGCAGCGGUUAUGUCCCGAGUAUCCCACCCGCAGGACGCUCUGUUCCUCUGACCGGGGUUGUAAAAAGGGAUGGAUGGACCCACAGAGCAAAGGAAUUCAGACCGGAAGGUGUGUAGUGUAUGAAGGGAACCGGAAGACCUGUGAAGUCUCUGCCUGGUGCCCCAUCGAGGCAGUGGGAGAGGCCCCCCGGCCUGCUCUCUUGAACAGUGCGGAAAACUUCACCGUGCUCAUCAAAAACAAUAUCGACUUCCCCGGCCACAACUACACCACGAGAAACAUCUUGCCUGGUUUAAACAUCACUUGUACCUUCCACAAGACUCAGAAUCCACAGUGUCCCAUUUUCCGACUAGGAGACAUCUUCCGAGAAACAGGAGAUAAUUUUUCAGAUGUGGCAAUUCAGGGCGGAAUAAUGGGCAUUGAGAUCUACUGGGACUGCAACCUAGACCGUUGGUUCCAUCACUGCCGUCCCAAAUACAGUUUCCGUCGCCUUGACGACAAGACUACCAACGUGUCCUUGUACCCCGGCUACAACUUCAGAUAUGCCAAGUACUACAAGGAAAACAAUGUUGAGAAACGGACUCUGAUAAAAGUCUUUGGGAUCCGUUUUGACAUCCUGGUUUUUGGCACCGGAGGAAAAUUUGACAUUAUCCAGCUGGUUGUGUACAUCGGCUCAACCCUCUCCUACUUCGGUCUGGCCACUGUGUUCAUUGACUUCCUCAUCAACACUUACUCCAGUAACUACUGUCGCUCCCAUAUUUAUCCCUGGUGCAAGUGCUGUCAGCCCUGUGUGGUCAACGAAUACUACUACAGGAAGAAGUGCGAGUCCAUUGUGGAGCCAAAGCCGACAUUAAAGUAUGUGUCCUUUGUGGAUGAAUCCCACAUUAGGAUGGUGAACCAGAAGCUACUAGGGAGAAGUCUGCAACAUGUCAAGGGCCAAGAAGUCCCAAGACCUGCAAUGGACUUCACAGAUUUGUCCAAGCUGCCCCUGGCCCUCCAUGACCCACCCCCGAUUCCUGGACAACUAGGGGAGAUGCAGCCGCUUAGAGAGGAGGCGACUCCUAGAUCCAGGGACAGCCCCGUCUGGUGCCAGUGUGGAAGCUGCCUUCCGUCCCAACUCCCGAAGAGCCACAGGUGCCUGGAGGAGCUGUGCUGCCGGAAAAAGCCAGGGGCCUGCAUCACCACCUCAGAGCUGUUCAGGAAGCUGGUCCUGUCCAGACACGUCCUGCAGUUCCUCCUGCUCUACCAGGAGCCCUUGCUGGCGCUGGAUGUGGAUUCCACCAACAGCCGGCUGCGGCACUGUGCCUACAGGUGCUACGCCACCUGGCGCUUCGGCUCCCAGGACAUGGCUGACUUUGCCAUCCUGCCCAGCUGCUGCCGCUGGAGGAUCCGAAAAGAGUUUCCCAAGAGUGAAGGGCAGUACAGUGGCUUCAAGAGUCCUUACUGAAGCCAGGCACCAUGGCUCACGUCUGUAAUCCCAGCCCUUUGGGAGGCCGAGGCAGGCAGAUCACCCGAGGUUGGGAGUUGGAGACCAGCCUGGCUAACAAGGCGAAAUCCCGUUUGUACUAAAAAUACAAAAAUCAGCCAGACAUGGUGGUGUGCACCUGUAAUCCCAGCUACUCGGGAGGCUGAGGCACGAGAAUCACUUGAACCUGGGAGGCGGAGGUUGUAGUGAGCCGAGAUUGUGCCACUGCACUCCAGCCUGGGAGGCACAGCAAACUGUCUCAAAAAAAAAAAAAAAAAAAAAAGAGUCCUUACCGAUAGCAGGGGCUGCAGUAGCCAUAUUAACAUGACCUUUACUAGCAACUUGAACUUCACCUGCAAAGCUCUGUGGCCACAGUUUUAGCCAAAGGGAAAUGUGCUUUCAUCUUCUAUAGCUCUCUGUGUCUGACAGCAAAGUGACCUGGUUAAACAAACCAGAAUCCCUCUGCAUGGACUGAGAGCAAACAGAUUGAGAUGUCAGUUUCAACUCUGUCCCUAGGAAGUUGUGUGACCCUAGGCCUCUCACCUCUGUGCCUCUGUCUCCUCGUUGCCCAACUACUAUCUCAGAGAUAUUGUGAGGACAGAUUGCACAUGAACUGUCUCGUUAAUGUUUAAAGAUCUACGUGAAUGCAAAACAUUUCAUUAUGAGGUCAGACUAGGAUAAUGUCCAACUAAAAACAAACCCUUUUCGUCCUGGUUGAAGAAUGUGGAGGACUAAAGGUGGCCACAGAUUCUUUGACACUCAAGUCCCCCAAGACCUAAGGGUUUUAUCUCCUCCCCUUGAGAAUGGGUGGCUCUGAUUGUUUUAUCCAAAAGUGGAAGUGACAUUGUGUCAGUUUCAGAUCCUGGUCUUAAGAGGCUGACAGCUUCUACUUCCUGUCCCUUGGAACUCUUGCUAUCGGGGAAGCCAGACUCCAUUUAAAAGUCUUCCUAUCCUGGCCAGGUGUGGUGGCUCACACCUGUAAUCCCAGCACUUUGGGAAACCAAGGCGGGUGGAUCACUUAAAGUCAGGAGUCCGAGACCAGACUCGCCAACAUGGUGAAACCAUAUCUCUAAUAAAAAUACAAAAAUUAUCUGGGCAUGGUGGCGGGCACCUGUAGUCCUAGCUAUCAGGAGGCUGAGACAGGAGAAACACUUGAACCUGGGAGGUGGAGGUUGUAUUGAGCUGAGAUCGUGCCACUGCACUCCAGGUUGGGUGACAGAGUGAGACUCCAUCUCAAAAAAAAAAAAGUCUGCCUAUCCUGAGACCACCCUGCUAUGAGGAAGCCCAAGCAGCCAUGUGGACAGUGCCUGACCAGCCCCAGCUUUCAAGCCAUCCAAGCCCAGUCACCAAACAUGAGAGAGAAGAAGCCUUGAGGUGAUUCUGGACUCUACUAACGUAUUACUGAUACCACUUGAUACAUCCCAAGUGAGAACUGCCCCAUAAAUCCAGAAAACCAAAUUGUUAUCUUAAGUCACUAAGUUUUGGGCUUGUCUGUUCCACAGCAACAGAUAACUGGAACAGAGAGCAAGCCUGACGAAUGGGCACACAGACUCAGCCCAUACCUUCCCUGGUUCUAAUGUUCUUAGGGAGCCCAGACUAACCCUGGAACUCUCAGGAACUUAGGUUUCCACUGGACAGUUCUAGAAGGGCUAUGGACCAAAUCAGGUAACUCACCAGACCAGCCUUGGAAUCUAUCAAAUCUAACUGCUGAGCUACACA